CAGGCAGGUCCUCCUCUUUCUCCUCUCAGCUGCUGCGACUCGUUCUCUUCCUCUUCAAGCCGUCCCGUGUCUCCUGCAGCUGCCGGUGGGUUUUGUUCCAGAAACUCUGCUCUGACUUUGGAGGAUCUUUGUAGUUGUGUGGAAGAAGAAUGAGCACCUACACUGUGUCGCUGCCCGGCCCCGGGCCCUGGGGCUUCAGGCUGCAGGGGGGCAAGGACUUCAACAUGCCGCUAACCAUCUCCAGGAUCUCUCCGGGCAGCAAGGCGGCACAGGGUAACCUGAUGCAGGGUGAUGUCAUUGUCGCCAUAGAUGGUGUCAGCACCGAGGGGAUGACUCACCUCGAGGCCCAGAACAAAAUCAAGAUGGCAAACUACAACCUGGCUCUCACCAUGUCCAAGUCGAAGCGUCCGAUUCCAAUGGCGGCACCGAGAAUGGAUGCUACAAUUCCCAUCUUCCCUCACCAGCAGGUUUUCCCCCCCGCUGCUCCACCCGCCGGCUUCAACCCCAGCGUGCUGAAGCAGACCGCCCUCUCCACCAGCAAGCCCAUUGAAGUAAAAGGCCCCGGUGGUAAGGCCACCAUCAUCCAUGCCCAGUACAACACGCCCAUCAGUAUGUAUUCACAGGACUCCAUCAUGGACGCCAUCGCGGGACAAACACAGACCAAGGGCCACGACGCUGGUUCUGUCCCAGUCAUGGACCGCCUCGUGGACAGCGCCUCGCCAGUCUAUCAGGCCGUCCGGAGCACAGAGAAGGACCCAGCGCUGAGUGAAUGGAGCAGCCGCAGCACCAACGUGCAGUCCAAGUCCUUUCGGGUCCUGGCCCACAUGACUGGCACCGAGUCCUCGCUCACUGAAGAGGAGGCGGCGGCUGUGAAGAGGAGCAGCCUGAAGCGACAGCCUCCCGCUGGUUUCGGCCUCCAGCACAGAGCUGCAGUCACCAGCCAGUAUGGUGCACCUCCUACCAUGCAGCAGGCGCCACAAGUUCCACCCCCACAACAGUACCAACCAAUGCCACAGCAAUACCAACACGCACCUAUGCAGCAAGCUCCACAAGCUCUGCCCCCACAACAGUAUCAACCAAUGCCACAGCAGUACCAACAACCACCCACACAGCAGGCUCCAUCCACUCAACAGAGCUCAAUUCAGAUCCCUGUUGGCUCCGCCCCCCCUAAGGUGAUCAGUACUGCCUGCAUCUACCCUUCACAGCCAGCACCACCUAUGGCUCCAGCUGCAGUCCCACCGCAGCCCCGACCUCCAGCCGCCGCCCCGGCCCCGCUUCUGGCUGCUCCCGCAUCCUCCAACAGACCCCCGUGGGUGACCGACUCAAACUUCGCUGAUAAGUUCGACCCCGGCAAGACCACCUCCAGCACCAUCAAGGUGCAGCCACUGCCCCAGGCCGCCCCUCCCCCACCAGCGUACAUCCCUAACCCCUCCCCUGCUGGGCAUGCAGCUCCCAGCCCCGCCCCCAUCACCCCCAGCCCUGGCCCCGCCCCCUUUCCACCUGUGGCCAGAGGCGUGGCCCAAAGAGCGGAGAGGUUUGCAGCCAGCAGUCGCACGCCUCUGUGCGGGGCCUGCAACAGCGUCAUCAGGGGUCCCUUCCUGGUGGCCCUUGGCCGGUCCUGGCACCCCGAGGAGUUUAACUGUCACUACUGCCACAUGUCUCUGGCCGACGUCAGCUUCGUGGAGGAACAGAACAACGUGUACUGUGAGAACUGCUACGAGGAGUUUUUCGCCCCAACCUGCGCUCGCUGCAACACCAAGAUCAUGGGGGAAGUGAUGCACGCCUUACGGCAGACAUGGCACACCACCUGCUUUGUGUGCGCAGCCUGCGGGAAAGCCUUCGGAAACAGCCUCUUCCACAUGGAGGAUGGAGAGCCGUACUGCGAGAAAGAUUACAUCGCGCUCUUCAGCACUAAGUGUCAUGGCUGUGACUUCCCAGUGGAAGCUGGCGAUAAGUUCAUCGAGGCUCUGGGUCACACCUGGCACGAUACCUGCUUUGUGUGUGCGGUCUGCCACGUGAACCUCGAGGGUCAGCCCUUCUACUCAAAGAAAGAUAAACCUCUGUGCAAGAAGCACGCUCACGCCAUCAACGUGUAAACCUGCCAGAUCACGCCUCAUCACGCUCCAGUUUUUUUUUCUUUUCUUUUUUUUGUGCAAAUUUCAAAUUUCUGCUGCCUGAUGAUUCUGCUUCAGAUCCAUCCGACCCGUCGCAUCACGGACUGUGGUUUAUUUUUCUACCAGAAAGAGUGUGUGUGUGUCUGUGUGACUGCUGAGCUGCAGAAAUACAGGUGACUGUAUGGAGUCUGCAAGGUGCCAAAUUAAAUAUUAUAUUUUUUAGUGUUUAAUAAUAAUUAUCAAACAUAUAACAACAAAAAUAUUAAACUGGCUAAACUAUGCAACAAGGAUUAAAUAGAUAUUUAAGUAAGUCUAAAUAAUAAUAUUAUGACAGUACAAGUAUUCUUCAGAUUUUUUUUCUUUAUUAAUUUAAUUAAUUUUCUGGUUUUCAAAAUUAGUCUUCUACCAAAUUUUUAUAGUCAGGAGGAAAAAAUUCUUUCUAAUAAAUAUCAAUAACAGAGUGUUUGAAGUAUGUUUAUUUUUCUCUUAAACAUAGGGUUAAAGUAGUUGGAUAUUUAGGGUUAAGAGGGUUAAGAGAGUUUUUUAAAUUAUUUUGAUAAAGUUAUUAUUUUUAUGAAAAAAACAUUUUUUUUUCUUAGGAGAAAAAAACGUUAGAAAUAAAAAUUAUUAUAAAGUUUUAUUAGUACUUUUUUUUUGCUUGGUUUGUAGAGUUUCAAAUGAAAUUUCAAGUUAACUUAUGAAUUAUUUCAUAUGAAUGAAAUUACAACUUUAUUGUAAUUAAACAUUUUUUUAAAAAUUUGCUUCCUUUUUUAGUGGCACUCUCUGGACUCCGUACAGCUGAUAUGGUUCUCACCAUUUUUUGGACUCUUCUUGGUAAUGUGCCUCUGUUGACUGUUUGAAUGCUACCUUAAUAUUUUUAUUUCACUUUUAGACUAAAAUAAAAUUAUAUUAAAGUUUUUAUGAGGCAAUAUGAAGUGAAACAAUAGACUGCAGAGAAGCUGAAAAACAGCAGCAAACUGGAGAUUAAAAAAGACUGAAAAGUGUUUCUGGCGUUGAAACCUGUCGUCACCACUCCGACUCUGGGGGCGUGAACACACGACAGGUGACACGUUUCUGUGGCCCCGCCUCACCAGGUGAACCUCCAGAUGUUUUAAAUGUGAAAACCACGUCUAAAUGCACAGAGAUACUGUGUGAGUGACGGAGUCUAGAUAAACUGGAAACGUUAAACUGCCCACAGAAGCUGUUUGGCUCCAAGUGCAGGUGUGUUUCUGCUCUCACGCCACACUAAGGUGCAUUUGGACUUGUUUGUUCAGGUGAACCUGCUCAGGCGAGGCAGCUCUUCGACUUCACGUGCUUCAGGGGGAGAAAUAACCUUGAAUUUCAUAUUUAUUCGACAGUGUGAUCUUUAUUGAGACACUAGUAUAUCGUCACUGCUGCGUGGAAAUGAUUAGUUAUUCGAUUCAUGUUUGUUUCAGAGCGUUUGGCAUCACGUGGUUAAGUUUGAGUACUGAUUUCAUGAUGAUUUAUUGUGUGUUUUUUUAACUACACUGUAAAUGUGAUAACCUUAGUCUGACUGUUAACAACACAAUGGCUCCGCCCACACUGCAGACCGUGAAUCCUCCCAAAUCUGAAAAAGAUUACACUUUGCAUUUUCUUUCUUUUUUUUGUGAAAUCAAACAUGUGGCUGCUCUCAUGUUUGUAAAACACAGAAUAAUCUUAUAUGUAUUUGGAUCAUUACAGCUGGGGAAACGGACUUCAGUGAAAGUUUUUUAAAGCAUUUCUUUGUUAAUUUUCAUACGUUUUUAAUACAAAGACAGUGCAGUUUUUUAGGAGCCUCUCUUGGCCAUUAAAGGAACAUCAGCAAACCACAACUUAAUUCAGAUCUUUAAUUUGACUUGUUCUCUGCUAAGACUUAAUCAUUAAGCACAUAAAGACUUUUUUACAUUUUAAAAACUUAUGCCAUGGUUCACGUUCCAAUAACCAGUCACCCUGUUUUAGUGUCCUCCUGUGGCCACUGGAAGAAGUGCAGCUAAGCAAACAGAAACUCUUGGUGUAUUAAAAAACUGUAAACAGAAGAAGCAUUGUGUUUCUGAAAGCCGGAUUUUCUUUAAAAAAUCUAAGUUUUUUUUUUUACUUUGUUCCGCUUUUGUCAUUGAAGGCAGCAUGUUUUAGCACCACCUAGUGGCCAACAACAGAACAAACCACAAUGUAAUUAAAUUCCAGUCCUUUGUUGAGUUACACUCUGUUGUAAUGUUGGGUUGUGUUCGGUGAGAAACCUUAGCAGGAUAGUAGGAAGAAUACACGAUCACACUGGUCCUGGGAAAUCCACAGCGUAUCCUUUAAUGCACAUUCUCUCCAUCAACCAAACAAGGCCCGGUUGAACGGCUGCUUAUCAAACAUGACACACAGUGUUCAUACAACCCGUACUAGCGUGCAAGCACGUUGUUCCCAUAAAUCACAGAGAGGGCAGUGGCGCACACUAAUGACCUCAUAACCCCUUGACAUAUGUUACAUUAAAGAGACACCACACCAUUGUGACUGUUGCAAACUGAAUACUAAAGUAUAUAAAAUAAUUAAAUUCAUCUGACUUUCUUGACUUCCCAAAACCAUUUAAUACUGCUGUGGUGUUUUAGUGGCCUCUGGUGGUGAUUAUAGGAAAUGCAAUUGAGCAAAUGGAAACUUUCGUUAUAUUAAAUAAUUCUAUAAACAGAAAAGAUUUUGUGAUAAGUUUCUAAGAGAUGAAUUUUUAAAAAAAUGACUAUAAUGGGGUUUUUUUGUUUUAAUUUUUUAAUGUAAUUCUAUUUUUGCAUUCUUUCACGACAAAUAGUUUUGGGAGCAUCUAGUGGCCAUGAGAGGAAGUGUAAUUAACCCCGAUAACAAUAUAAGAUGAUUCUUUAAAAAAAAACAAAAAACUCCAGUUUUACUGUAGGUACAUAAAAGAAUGAAAAGCAUCUGAACACACUUGAGGUGUUGUAGCAGCCUCAGGUGGCCGCUAGAGGAACUGCAACUAAGCAAACAGAAACUUUCGGAAUUGUGAAAUGUUUUGCAAAAGAACAAGAGGAGAAUUUUUUUGGAACUAAUACAUAAAGUACUACACCUAGUGACCAGUAGAGGAACUGCAAAUAAGUAAGCUUUUGGGCUGAACGCAGCUUGUAAACUUUGGUUGUUGAGCAGUGUGAACGGAGUCUCUGGUUCUUUGAUUUAAACUUUAAUUUUAUUCUGUGAUUUAAAUGAAAUUGUUUGUCUCCCUGCGGAGAACCGUGCCUUUGCUGAAAUCCACCUCUGCUCGGUCUGACCGGCACACUGACCAGUUUGUGUGCCGGUGUACAGUUUUUACUCUGAAUUGUACUUUUAUACAGUUUGUGUGUUUUUCUGAGGAUGAAUGUGUGCAUGCGGCAUGUCAACAUCAGUUUGUGAAAAAAAGAGAAGCUAACGCGACUGUUCACCAUUAUUUUUGAGUGUUUGUAAGUAAUGAUGUCAUACUCUGAGUGAAGAACUCGGCGUUACUUUUUGUUUAAGAGGUUUUGAACAUUUGAAGAGUUUUUGUGUUGCAGGUUGAAUAAACUGAGCACUUCAAACACCUGGAAGCAUCUUCUGGAAACGUGUAAUUGAUUUAUUUUUUCUGAUAUGAAGAUUUGUU